AUUGAAGGAACGCCAGCGAAUAAGAAUAUGAAAAAUGUGUGUAGAACGCAUUUAAUGAUACAAUCAAAGUUGCGUAGGCUCGAUCACAAGCAAAUCGACAAUGAGUGCAAAAUCACCGAGCCGUGGUGCCCGGAUCAUGAGUUAUUUCUAAAGGAUUUCGCCGCGGCAUGUCCAUUUGAGAAAGACAGACAACGUCCUAACGUCCUAAUUGACAAGUCGCCAUACAAGCCGAAAGGUAUAAAUAAUGCGGACAUGGCAGCCGUACAAUGCUGUGUCAUAGGUUCAGUUUUGCUUUGUCCGCAAUUUGUUGGGGUGCAUAACGCGACCGAUGAAGACAUCGAGGCUUUUUGCCACAUGUGGAGAUGUUACGGAUAUUAUCUCGGGAUAGAUGACAAGUACAACUUCUGCCGCGGUAGUCUCGAGGAAAUAAAGCAGCGCACUUGGGAUUUACGUCAAUAUUGGUUAUUGCCUAAUUUAAAGGAAGUUACGCUCGAAUGGGAGCAUACAACUAG